AUGGCAUACACCGAUGAUGCUGUCAAAGCAAAGCUAUCAGCUUUGAAUGAGACACAGGAGAGCAUUGUUACUGUCGCGCAAUGGGUUAUGUUUCACAGGCGACACGCUGAGCGGACUGCGCAGAUCUGGCUCCAAAAGAUCCGCGACUCAGCACCCCCCAAGCGUCUUAAUUUGGUCUAUUUGGCCAAUGAGGUGGCACAGCAGUCCAAAGCCCGAGGGAAAGAUGAUUUCCUUAUUGCCUUCUCGCCGAUCGUCGUGGACGCAACAGCGGCGGCCUACAAAGGGUCGUCGAAUGAUGUUCAGCAGAAGAUUCGCCGAGUUGUUGAAGUGUGGCGACAGCGCAAUGUCUUUGAGGCUCCGAUCUUGGAGGCCGUGGAAGCUCGUGUGAAUGAAAUCGACAAGACUCGCUCCACCACCAAGAAACAACCACUCGGCGGAUCUUUCUUCAGGGACUCCUCAACGGGGUCUACUCCCUCGGAGCUCCAGCCCCUCGUCCCUUUGCAAGUUGCCCUCACGAAAGCUGCCAUGACCACCAAUACGUCGGCGACAACCGCCAAUACAGAGUACGACAAGAUGCACGACACCAAAACCCCACAACCCACUCCUCCAGUGCACGCCGCGCGUCUCAGUCAGCUAUUGAAAACACUUGCAAACGCAGAGAGCUCUGUUUCCGAGGUGAUCAAGUCACGACGUGCGUUGAUUGACGGCCUUGAGAAGUUGCUGGAGACCAACCGCUCUGAGCUGUCGAAGGAAGAGUCUCUUGCAGCGCAGCUCUCGGAGAAGAAAACGCAGACCGACGUCAAGAAGCGCGAGGUCGAGGACGCCAUCAUGCGAGGUCUCUCGACUGAGGACCCCAGUGGCGGCCCGCAUGGUGAUCACAGCGGCCAGGGUGAGGAGCCCGCCCGUCCGCAAGUCGAGGCCUUGACUCCACCUCCCGUCGAGGCCAUCACGCCCGUAGGGUCCCCGAAGCCAGAACAGCAGCAGACCGGACCCGCGCCGUUCACAGAAGGAGCACAUGUGCCGCUUCCGGAUAACUUUACUCUCCCUGGCCUCGAGCAGCCUGACAAUGGAAUCUCUCUACCGGAUCCAUCCACAAUCUCGCCGGGCGGCGGCAACGACUUCGACCUCAGUACGAAUGGAGCCGGGGCUAAGAGACGCAAAGUCGCGCACGGCGAGGAAGACUAUUCGCAAUUUGCCAGCGGAGACUUGGACGAUGAUGUGGCCCAGCUGCUGGCGCAGGAGGGCAAACAGCCGUAG